CCAUUCUUCCUUUCUCUUUCAUUUUAGCCUCGUCCCUCCUGGCUACUGCUUCUCCAAACUCUCCCAACACUGGCAGGUCCUUCAAUGGUUUCCAUGCUAACAACGCUCUUUCCCUUCAUUCAUUUUGCCUUUCCUUCACGACAUCUCUUAGCUUGAAGUUUGGAGUACUGUGCCCUUGUCUGUCAUUCUUUAAUGUUACACAGACAUCCUCAUCCUAACAAUAACUUCACCUCAUUCUCUACCCCUACGUUUCUUUGGCCGCCUUGGCCAUGUCAUUCUUUUUCAUGAGAUUCAUUCUCAUUCUGCUUUGGGCAUCGUCCAUCCUUGCCGCACCUCCCCUUUCCCUCGGGAAACGGUCAUUCAAGAUUGACAGAGUCAGAAACCCCAACUUCAAACGCUACGAUGGACCAAAGGAGCUGUUGAAGACGUACCAAAAGUACCGGAUGCCCAUCCCGCAAGACCUACUCAAUUCGCUUGACGAUCAGCUCGAGGAUGAUGUUCCGUCCGACGACGCUCACUCGGAGACCAACCCCCAGACACUCGACCUCACGCACGUGAAUACCACUGCUCGCCCGGUAGCCGCUAUCGGGUCGGUUCCGGCCACCCCCGCGAACGGCGGCAUUGAAUACAUCUCGCCCAUCAAGAUCGGCGGCCAGACCGUCAACGUGGCUUUCGACUCCGGGUCGGCCGACCUCUGGGUCUUCAGCACCCAACUCCCCACCAUCUCCAAGAUCGGCCACCAGGCCUACGACCCGUCCCUCUCGCGCACGUUCAAGCCCAUGCCCGGCGCCAACUUCUCCAUCCUCUACGGCGACGGCACCGGCGCGUCGGGCAACGUCGGGACCGACACGGUCGACGUCGGCGGCGCCGCCGUGGCCGGCCAGGCCGUGCAGAUGGCCACCGCCGUGUCGGACGCCUUCGUCACAGACACCCACGUCAGCGGCCUGCUCGGCCUCGCCUUCUCCCAGCUCAACACCGUCAAGCCGGUCCGGCAGCGGACCUUUUUCGAGAACGUCAUGCCCGCCCUCGCCCAGCCGCUGUUUACUGUCGACCUCCGCAGGAAUACCACGGGCGCCUACGAGUUUGGGCGCAUUGAUGGUUCCAAAUUUGUGGGACGGCUGGCUUGGGUGCCGGCCGAUACGAAGAGGGGGUUCUGGCAGGUUUCGUCGACGGGGUUCUCGGUUGGCAGCACCACCACGAUGCUAGCUGGGGCUGCGCAGGCCAUCGUCGAUACCGGCACGACUCUCAUGUUGGUCUCGAAGGAGUUGUCGGAUCGGUACUAUAGCCAUGUGGUGGGAGCGAAGCGGAACCCUGCCGCGGGGGGGAUCACGUUCCCGUGCAACGCCACGCUGCCAGAUCUGUUGGUUGAUGUUGGCGGUGUUUAUACUGCUAAGGUCAGGGGGCCGGACAUCAACUUUGGGACGUUCCAGGGCAAUGAAUGCUUCGGCGGCAUCCAGAGCACCACCUCGCACUUUGAGAUCUGGGGUGACAUCUUCUUUCGAUCGCAGUUUGUUGUGUUUGACGGGGGCAACCACUUGCUGGGCAUGGCCUCGCAUGCUUGACUUUGACUUUCCUGUAUCCCUUUCGAGCGUCGUUUUCCCAAUUCAAGCGUGUAUGCUUACGGCUUAAUAAUAGAGUUCACUCAUGGAUAUGAUUCGUGGUAUUCGUGUCCUGAUUUGCAUCGGUUUGCGUGUCACCAUCAUCCCUAACCCGCUCAUUCGGAUACAUAUCCGAUACCUCUACCCUUUUAGCGAUGCUGAUCAAGUUGAAGCCUCCGAGUCGUGCUCUACCCGCAACGUGACAUCCGGGAGGAGGGGAUCCGAAACUCG